AUGUCGAACUUGAUGCACAAAGUCAAAGAUGUCCUUACCGGCCACCAUGACUCGGACAAUAAAGAGUCCUCUCGUGACUCGAAUGUGACGAAGAAGAUGGAUGAUACUCGCGAUGCCUAUGGCACUGGGAACAACUGGAGCUCCAAUGCAAAUACCCAAGAUCCUACUAGCACCGGGGACUACGGUUCAAACACCAUGGGCUCUGACAACUACGGUGCCAGCGGCUAUACCGGUACUCAACCCAAUACCAAGCUACCUGGUGUGAUGGAAGAUACUAGCAACACCUAUGGAUCCACUAAUACAGGUAGUGGCAACUACGGAUCCAGUGGCUUGGGCAGUGGUACUCAGGAUUCUAUGACCAACAGAAUGGGAGAUACCACUAACGCUUACGGUGGAUCCAACAUCGGCAGUGAUACAUAUGACUCCGCCAACAAAGCCAAAGACUACGGUACCGGCUACAACCAAACCAAGCCGAUCGGCUCCGAAACAUACGAUGAUCCUCCAACCGGAAACACUGGUUCGGGGUUGAACACCGACUCCUACGGAUCUGAUACGAAGGACUAUGGUACUAAUGCCUUGAACACCGGAACUGGCGAGUCGCAAAUGUCCAACAAAAUGGGCAGUGAACUGGAUAACCGUGCAACCUACGGCACUGGUACUGGCACCGGCCAGACAGGUGGGUUGUACACCUCCAACUACGGCGACGACGUCGGCAGCGGGAACAAGUACAACACUCGCUCAAAGGCGAGCUCUGAUAUGCCCAGUCAAUUGGGAACGCAGGCCGAUUCUGGUAUGGACAACCAGGGCUUCGGUGGGGCUGCUGCAGGUGGUAGCAGCUACAAUGCACCCGAGGCUGGUAAGAGACGUUCUUCCGGACCGCACAGCUCGAAUCUUCUCAACAAACUUGAUCCACGCGUGCGCAGUUCCGAUUAUGAGGGCAAUGCUAUGGGCAACCAGCGCGGAAACUAG